AUGGAGAACAGUACCACCACCAUUUCUCGGGAGGAGCUGGAGGAACUACAAGAAGCCUUUAAUAAAAUAGAUAUUGACAACAGUGGGUAUGUCAGUGACUAUGAACUCCAGGACCUGUUUAAGGAAGCAAGCCUUCCUCUGCCUGGCUAUAAGGUGCGUGAGAUCGUGGAGAAAAUUCUAGCAGUUGCUGACAACAGCAAAGAUAGCAGAAUCAGCUUCGAAGAGUUUGUGUCGCUAAUGCAAGAGUUAAAAAGCAAAGACAUCAGCAAAACGUUCAGAAAAAUAAUUAACAAGAGGGAAGGGAUUACUGCUAUUGGAGGAACUUCAUCCAUUUCCAGUGAGGGCACACAGCAUUCUUAUUCAGAGGAAGAAAAAGUGGCUUUUGUUAACUGGAUAAACAAAGCCCUGGAGAAUGACCCUGACUGUAAGCAUCUCAUACCGAUGAACCCCAAUGAUGACAGUCUUUUCAAAUCACUUGCUGAUGGCAUCCUUCUUUGCAAAAUGAUCAACUUAUCUGAACCAGAUACAAUUGAUGAAAGAGCCAUUAAUAAGAAAAAGCUCACCCCCUUCACUAUUUCUGAAAAUUUAAACCUAGCCCUGAAUUCUGCCUCAGCCAUUGGCUGUACUGUAGUCAACAUUGGGGCACAGGAUCUCACAGAAGGAAAACCUCACUUGGUCUUGGGGCUUCUCUGGCAGAUCAUCAAAGUUGGUCUUUUUGCUGAUAUUGAGAUUUCCAGGAAUGAAGCUCUGAUUGCAUUGCUAAAGGAAGGUGAGGAUCUAGAAGAGCUAAUGAGGCUGUCUCCAGAGGAAUUACUGCUGCAGUGGGUGAACUACCAUCUGACCAAUGCAGGUUGGCCUACCAUCAGCAACUUCAGCCACGACAUUAAGGAUUCAAGAGCCUAUUUUCAUCUGUUGGAUCAGAUUGCACCUAAAGGUGACCGGGAUGAUGGACCUGCCAUUGCCAUUGAUCUUACAGGAUUUGGUGAGAAAAAUGACUUGAAGCGUGCUGAAUUCAUGCUUCAGGAAGCAGACAAACUGGGCUGCAGACAGUUUGUUACUCCUGCAGAUGUGGUUUCAGGCAAUCCUAAACUUAACCUGGCUUUUGUAGCUAAUCUGUUCAACACGUACCCAGGCCUCCGCAAGCCUGAUAAUAAUGACAUCGAUGUGAAUUUAUUGGAAGGAGAGAGCAAGGAAGAGAGGACAUUUCGGAACUGGAUGAAUUCCUUGGGAGUCAACCCAUAUAUCAAUCAUUUGUACAGUGACCUUGCAGAUGCAUUAGUCAUCUUUCAGCUCUACGAAAUGAUCCGCGUGCCAGUUGACUGGAGCCAUGUCAACAAACCUCCUUAUCCUGCUCUUGGAGGGAACAUGAAGAAGAUCGAAAACUGUAACUAUGCAGUGGAACUUGGGAAGAAUAAGGCCAAAUUCUCCUUGGUUGGCAUUGCUGGGCAGGACUUGAAUGAAGGAAAUUCAACACUUACUCUGGCAUUGGUGUGGCAGCUGAUGAGAAGGUACACACUGAAUGUGUUAUCAGAUCUUGGAGAGGGUGAAAAAGUAAAUGAUGCAAUUAUCAUUGAAUGGGUCAAUCAGACUCUUAAAAGUGCAAACAAAAAAACUUUCAUUUCCAGCUUCAAGGACAAAUCUAUUAGCACUAGCUUACCUGUCUUAGAUUUAAUAGAUGCCAUUGCACCAAAUGCAGUUCGUCAAGAAAUGAUUAAGAGAGAAGACCUUUCUGAUGAGGACAAGCUGAACAAUGCUAAAUACGCCAUUUCUGUUGCUCGAAAGAUCGGUGCCCGGAUAUAUGCCUUACCUGAUGACCUUGUGGAAGUGAAACCAAAGAUGGUUAUGACAGUGUUUGCAUGCUUAAUGGGAAAAGGACUGAACAAAAUAAAAUAA